AUGAUCCGGAGAAUAAUGGAUAAUAAACCAUACGGUCCCUUCGUUUGCACAGGCUUCAAGUUCGACUCAUGUCCUCAGGAAACGUAUCCACGAUUUGGAGACAGAGAAGAACCCAACCUCACCCAGAAAAAUAAAAGAAAGAAAUCUCCUUGCCCAGGAGAGAGGGGCGUGUGUGUUUUUUUUCCACCCCCUCCUGCAGCCUCUCGGGACAGGUCUUCAAAAGUUGCAUCAAUCCCGAUCGCGAAUGGAGACUGCAAGCGCAGACGGUCCUGCUGGACCCGCGCACGGAGAGCCACCCGGCGCUCCGCCUUUCCCAGCGACGGUUGCCUGGGGGCGUUUUGCUCGCACCCUCCCAAGAUCGCCCUCAGCCGCUGGCCCGCCGUCGGGGCGCGAUCCCCGGGGGGAAGCAGCGAGCCAAGCUCUCCAUCGUCGCCGCUCCCAGCGGAUGGCACACACGAGUGGGUCGCCGGCGCGCGCGCGAUCAAGGCGCUCCGUGCGCCCGGGAAGGAAGAGAAGCCCCACGGCUGCGCCGGCGAAGGAGCCGAGGCGGAGCUGCGGCGGCCACCGAACGAAGCAUUUCAGAAGAAGAACAAUGAGACAAGAGCGGCUUCCCGCCCCACCGGCGCCCGCAAAGUUGCCUCGGGUAGCGGCGCCAAGUUGGCUGGCAGCGGCGCCCACAGCAACGUGUUGCUGCUCCCUCCAGUCUAA